AAGAAAAGAAAAGGCGAGCGGCCCGACCCGAGCCAUUCGUUCCCCGAGCAGCCAGGCCACACGCACGCACGCGCACCAGGGAGAGAGAGAGAGGAGGCGGAAACCCUAGCUCCCGCGGCGCACCUACCGCGGGCGUACAGUCAGCCGGUCGGCCGAGAGAGUCUGCCGGCGGAUGGUGUCGAUGAGCACGACGCCCAAGCCGCUCGAGGCCGGGGCGGCGGCGGCCGCGGUGGGGGGAGGCGGAGGGGACGGAGGGGGUGGGGGAGGGGGGAAAGGGGGGAAGGGGAAGGAGCAGCAGCAGCAGGUGGCGGUGGCCGCGGGGCCGCCGAUGGCCGUGCCGGCGGACGCGGCGGAGGACGCCAGGAUGAAGGUCCGGAAACCCUACACCAUCACCAAGUCCCGCGAGAGCUGGACCGAGCCCGAGCACGACAAGUUCCUCGAGGCCCUGCAGCUGUUUGAUCGUGAUUGGAAAAAGAUAGAAGCAUUUGUUGGCUCAAAAACUGUGAUACAGAUAAGGAGCCAUGCACAGAAGUACUUUUUGAAGGUUCAGAAGAACGGUACAGGCGAACAUUUACCUCCGCCUCGGCCGAAGCGUAAGGCAGCCCAUCCAUAUCCGCAGAAGGCCUCUAAAACUGCAUCCCAAGCUGUUUUACCACAACAACCUGCUCCUCCUCCCCCUCCUCCGAGGGAUCAAGAUGGUGUUAAUGUGUCUAUGGAUGCAUCUAUGGUUGUACCAAGCACAAAUGCAAAUGCCGUGGUGCCUUCCUGGGACAAUGCUCUUGUUCAACCUACACAAGUUACAAGUGCCAUUGCCACAAAUAACUGCUCUAGUAGUAUAGAGAGCCAAUCUGGAACGUGGCCAACCUCUGAAGCAGUUGAACAAGAAAAUGUGCUGCCACAAAUGCGGGCUAUGCCAGAUUUUUCCCAAGUAUACAACUUCCUGGGAAGUGUAUUCGAUCCAGAUACAACUGGGCAUUUGCAGAGGUUAAAGGCAAUGGAUCCUAUUGAUGUGGAAACGGUACUACUGCUCAUGCGAAAUCUAUCGGUGAACUUGAUUAACCCAGAAUUUGAGGCCCAUAGGCAGUUGCUCUCGUCGUAUGGUUCUGGUGGAGACGAAAAUAAACCUGAAGGCAUGGAAAAUCUCGGGUCCCAGAGUAGCCAUCUCCCAUCCAUGGUAACGAGUGAGUGAGCGAGCAUCAGCCAUUCACCAUAGCAGCUUCAGUUGUUUCCAAGAGACGCUUGUGUUCUCCUUGUACUGGUCCUGUCGGCGUCUAGUCUGGCUAUUUAUGAAUGUUGGUUGGGGCAGUGACAUUUGUACAGCUUCCGAGAUGAUGCUCUAACCCUAGGCUAGUGUUGCUUAUCAAGUUGGUGUAGAUAGCCAGUUUUGUGUGCUCAAGCAAUUCUUUUCCCUAGGGUGGGGCAUAGCUCAAGAUGGUUCUUGUAUGUAUACACCGAUAAGUAUGCGCUCGUGGAUGUACAUAUGUGUUAUUGUGUAAACGUUUGAGAUACUGCGAGUAUCCUAUCAAGGCAAAUAAUAAGCUGAAUAAUAAUCCAGCUGGGUGUAUUCUCCACUA